AUGGCUCCGUCUACGGAAUACCACGCGGUUCCUAUUUCGAACGAGCCGGUGGGCGAAAAGAACACUUUUGAUGUGAAGCAAUACGCCUGGAAUGCAGGUCGGUGGAAUUUGCGGUUGCCGACCUGGCAGUCAUGGGACGGAAGACUGAUCGUCUCUCAUGCUGUCCUCUCCCUUCUCAGCCUGUUCUUGGGCAUCAUCAUCGCGGCAUCAGCUGUCAACAGACCAGAGCCGCAGAAGACGCUGCCGUCAUCACCCAUUCCUUCCAGUGUCUUCUCACCACGGCUGCCGACGGUGAUGCGUCCCGAUGAACGUUACGUUGGAUGGAGCCCGUUUGUCAACCAUAACUGGAAGACUCUGAUUCGGGGUCUAGAAGACGUCUGGGUUCUCAAUCCGGAGCAGUACGGACUGGAGCCUGGAUUUCGAAAGGUUCAAGACAGCGACAGCGAGUACCAGCUCUACCACAUCAGCAACCUCCACCAAGUUCACUGUCUAAACAUUGUCCGCCAAGCUGCCUUCCAAGAUAUUCACAAUAUCACGGGGUUUACAGCCGACGACAUUGACCUGGCGACUGUACAUAUUGAGCAUUGCGUUGAAUACUUGCGCCUGUCCAUCAUGUGCGGCGACAAUUUCACACUGGAGCCGGGAAGUCCACCGGGAACACCCUCAUCGGAGGCUUUUGACAAAUGGGGCAACCCACUCGGUUGGGGCAUUACAAAGAAUUGUGUGAACUGGGAGAAUCUACGGUAUUGGCAGGCAGUGCAGUUGAAAGCAUCCAAGGGGCUGAUGUAG